AUGCAAUUUCAAAAUCGGAGGAAAAAUCGACAUUACAAAACGAACACAGAAAAUGAGAAAAUCGAAAUUGGCCAGCAUAAACAGAACACGAACACGCAUCCAAAUUCGGCUCAACACAUGUACCUGCGUGGAGGAGAAGUCGUCGUUGGGGAGCAGCGGAUCUACCGCGACGACGACCUUGGCGACGACGGGGCCCGCGGCGGCGUCGGCGGAGAGCGGCGGCAGGGGCUGGUGGUGGUGGUUGCUCUGCAUGGCGCGCGCGACCACGGGCGGACACUUCAUGAGCCACACGUGUCUCUCCGCCUUGCUCGUCUCUAUGUGGCCGCUGCUGGCGUCCCUGUUAGGUUUAUCCGCCAUGGAUCGAUUGCCGAUUUACCUGUACGGAAAAUGCAUGAUCAAAGAUUAUUAGAUGUGACAAUGGACAACAUAGUUUUUGAUAAUUUUGGGAAAAUUUUGAAAUUAAGAACUCUUUGCAAGAGCAUCGCAUAUCUCUCGUUUACGUUUGGAGAUUAUAUUGUUAUCCUGCUCGUCAGCAGCAUUCGCAGCAUUCAUUUAGAUUGUGCUACAGUUCUUCUGCUAACGAACCUGAGCAUUUAUGUCGAGCUCGACCUCUUCGGAAUUGGCUUGGAAGUUGGGGUUAUUUUGAGCUACAAUAUCGAGUGCCUUGCUAAGUUAGCAUUGAAUCGAGGAAAGUAUGAUAAACGGCAUAAUCUUUACUCGAUCAAUGUCAUAAAGCUGAAAACAGAUUGA